GUUAAAUGAAAUAUUUUUGUUUUAAUAUGAAGUACUGUCUAGGACUGUAUGACAGAUGAAAGUUUUUACAUGGCUGACUGGAUUUGCUAUCUUUAUAUUGUAGGUAUGAAUUAUUUCUCUUUCUUGCUAGAUGUAUACAAACACUUGUAACUUAUGUCCCAUUAAUUAUUCAGGGACAUCUAGAUUCAUUUUGUGUAUGUCGUUUAUACACGGCUUUUAGUUUUCACUGGAUAUUAUCGAUGACCAGAACAUUAAUGAAACCACAGUGGCAGAAAAUUAUUCUCGCUAUCUGAUCGGAUAUUGUAAAUUUUGAUACUGUCAUUUGAGACUGGAGAGAAGUUUUCACCAUAAGAGGUUAGACAGCCAGAACAGAGGUAUACCUGUUGUGAAUGACUAACUUUACACAAGGGAAUAUUUUGUGACACUGAAAACCUUUAGUAGUAUAGACAUCAGGAAGUAAUUUUCAUGCAAAAUCUGAAAUCAAGGAUCUAGAGGUUUUGGGUUAAGCAUUUAUUACUUGGAUAUUUGGUAGAAGCUUAGCAAGUGGAAAUUAGUUUAACACAAUGGGAAACAAAUCUUCAAAAAAGAAGCUUCCAAAGGAAGAUUUGGACUUCCUCACACAAAAUACAAAGUUCUCUAAGAAUGAGAUUAAAGACUGGUACAGAGGAUUUAUGAGAGAUUGUCCAGAUGGUCUUUUGUCAAAGACAAAAUUCUUAGAAGUGUAUUCAACAUUUUUCCCAACGGGAAAUCCCGACCUGUUUUGUGAACAUGUUUUUCGAUCAUUUGACAAAGACAAUAGUGGUAAAAUAGACUUCAAGGAGUUUCUUUUAGCUAUUAAUAUCACAUCAGGUGGUAACCCUUCACAGAAACUCAACUGGGCAUUUGCCAUGUAUGACAUCGACGGAAAUGGAACUAUAGAGAAAGACGAAAUGGUUGAAAUUAUUAAAGCCAUCUAUUCCAUGUUGGGAAAUGCCUUGACCAACCAAGAUACUGAUAGCCCUGAGGAGAGAACGCACAAAAUCUUUGCCAAGAUGGACGUAAAUAACGACGGUGUCUUAACGCGCUCAGAGUUUGUUGAUGGAUGCAUGAAAGACCAGUUCCUAUACCAGAUGUUAACAGCAGACGCAGGGGGCUGUAACCAGGAAUAAACUUAUGAAGACAGUUAUACUUCACAAUCACUCUUCAUUUUUAUACAUUUAUGUCCUUUCAACUCCUGGACAUGCUAUGGGCAGACAGACAGACAGGCAAAAUCAUGACUGGGCAAGAAUCAUUUAUUCUAGUGGCAGAGGCAUUGUUUUGAACUAUUAUCUGUUUGUUUUGGUGGUAAAAAUUUGCUUACCAAUGUUGAAUUUUUCAUCUCUCCAGUUUUUAGACGCUACUGAUAUUUUUCGAAAUGGAGAUAAGUUUGACAAAAAAAUUAGUAUGUAAAACACACUUUAUCAAAACGUUUCAGAGAUCUAAACAUUCAGAUCUCUUUGAUUUCUGUGAGAUUUGAGAACUAUUGCAUGACAAUCUGCAAUAAAACCAUAGUCUUUGUUCUAAACUGAGAGAUUCUCCAAAGAUCUUCAUUUUAGGUCACUACAAAAAGCUUGGUUCUUCAAUACAUUUUUUAGGAUUGUUAUUUUUUCAUAAAAUGUGCAAAAAGAAUUUUUUAACAAGAGUGAAGCAUCAGUUUACUGGAAUAAUAUCUUUUUGGUCUGUUUAUUUUCUUUAAUAUUAACAAGGAUCUAGCACUUUAGACUUGCAAGUAAAGUUUGGUAGUGACAACCUUCUUAAUAGGAUUAAAGGUCUCAGUUUAUGUAGAUCCAGUAUUGUACAUACAGUUAAGUAUUUGUGUCUGUCUAGAUGUGAGGUCAUGUGAAGGUCAAGGUCAUUCUGUAGCUCAGUCAAGGAGAUGGAUUUUUUCUUUGAAUAUGUAAUUGCUAUUGAAUCCCACAUUCCUUAAGAUUAUGUACAACUAAGAUUGUUUAUAUACUUAUAUCAUGACAUCAUAUUACAUCUGUGAAUAGACUCACCAUUUAGCACAUUUUUUCAGAUUUUUUUCCCAUUUUUCUACUUGCUUACACUGAAUGUAAAAACCUUCCUUUUUAAAUUUUUGGUAUUUUUUAAAUAAGACUUUCAAACCGGUUUAUGAAAUAUAACAGAGUAUUAUGUGAAGCACAAGCACUUUAGUGGUCCCUAUAAUAACAGUAGUUUAAAAUGUCUUAAAAGUUAUAAGGAGUAACUUUAAUUUUAAGAUGAAUAUGUUUGGGGGCAUCAGCCCAGUGCAUUCUACCUUAAUAUGUUUUAUGUCAAGUAAUGUAUAAUUAGAUACCCCACCAGUUUUUACUGUUCAUACACCAGUUGUGUUCUAUUUUAUUUUAUUCUGGCACGAUCUCUCGAACUUUGAGGUAGAAACUAUCAAUAGUUAGCUAAAAAACAUCCAUUUCAUUACAUAUACAUAUUAAAACUUACAUAUUUCAAAUUACCCACCUGUGUUUUAUUGCUAUUUUGCUAAUUUUUAUUUUGCUAUUUACUUUCACAAAAGUUACAUUUUAGAGAUUUAUUACGAAAGGGCUAUUAUUUAUGACAAGAUGUUUUCUUCAAAAAAAAAAAAAAAAAAAAAAGAAUGAUGGAAUGUAAAGAAUCAUCACCUCCUAAAAAUAAGAAGCAAUUUUAGCUCCUUAAAAUUUAUUUUAUUGAUGGAAAUUAGAACCAAAUGUGUUAAAUGUUUAUUAGUCUGAAAGGUUUUAUUCAUAAACAAAAUGAUCAAAUAAUUUUGAUGGUUUUGAACUUAAUCUGGCAUCUGCACUAGUAGAAUGAUAAACUUAUAUUUCAUUUAAUCAUAGCAAAACAGUAAAGUGUACUUUAUGAGGGAUAUUAAAUAAAAGAUGGCUCAUAUGAUAGGUAUUUUGAAGUGAAUGGCUUCUUAUAGUUGCUACACCAGUUCAGUGUUAUAAUACAUAAUUGCAUCAGAAGAGACUUUUAUUUUAGUAUGGAAGGUUUUGUAUAAUUUCUUUUUGGAAAAAAGAUCUUUUAGAAAAAUGAAAAGAGCUUGUAGCAUGUGAUGUUCUUGCUGAAAAGGAUGUCAACGUUCACUUAUUACAAGUGUUUUGGUAUGAAAUUAGGCCUUACCCAUCUAUGUUGGAUAUUUUGGACCAAAGUAGGUCCUUCCUAUGAAAGGUCAUUUAGUGCAAAAGUAACAUGGUAGUUUAUUCAAUAAACUUUUGUAACAAUGAGUGAUGUUUAAACUAAUACUUGCUAUAAAUGUUAGAACCAGAGCAUCAACUGUAGACAGUAGUUGCAUCAAGACCAGUUUAAAACCAAUGUUGUAUAAACCAUUUUUUUCCACAUAUGUGUUGUAAAUAGCACAUAGGUUCACAAAGCAUUGUGUUAUACCUAUUUUGUAAUCUUCACAUUUUUGAAAUGAUUGUUUUUGAAAUAUACAUGUUUUACUGUUUUUUACAAUCAUAUGCAGAUUUUUCAAUGCUCAUUUUGCUGUCUAGUGUGAUUUUUAUGAGGUAGCGAAUGUACUGUACUAUAUACUUGUAUUAUAUGCAUUUGGAUACUGUUACUUUUGAUUCUAAAAUAAUGAAAGAUGUAAUAUUCUUGAUCUAUAUAGUAAAUCAUAGCACUGAAGUAACUUUCAUGGUUAUUCAUAGUAGGAAAGUAACUUUCAUGGUUAAACAUGGUCUUGGAGUUACUUUAAUGGUUAGCCAUUGAUGUAAAGCAACUUUCAUGGUUAAUUAUAGUAGUGAACUUUUAUGGUUAAUCAUGGUCAUGAAGCAAAUUGUAUGGUAAAUCACAUUUGCUUUGUAACUUGUAUGAUAAAUCAUAGAUGUGAUGUAACAUGUUACACUGUAAGGUAACCUGAGUGAUAAUUCAUAGCUGUGAUAUACCAUGUUAUACUACAAGGAUAAAUCAUAGCUGUGAUUUAUCAUGUUACACUGUAAAGUAAACCAUAGCUAUGAUGUAACUUGUAUGAUAGGUCGCAGCUGUGAAGUAAUAUGUUACACUGUAAGGUACAUCAUAGCUGUGAUAUAACAUGUUACACUGUAAGGAUAAAUCAUAGCUGUGAUAUAACAUGUUACAUUAUAAGGAUAAAACAUAGCUGUGCUAUAACAUGUUACACUGUAAGG